CACCUGACCCAUGAACAAAAGUAGAAUGCCAGUUUCGAUGAAGCUGUGGCUUUCGCUUCUGCUUGCUCUUGUUUUCUUCAACUUUUCCUUUUCAUGGGCAGCCUCAGAUCCUGCCUAUCAAUCCCUUCUCCAAUGCUUAAUUCAAUCCAUCCCAUCCUUCAAUGUUUCCACCAUUCUCUUCUCUAAGUCCAAUCCCUCCUACACAUCAGUUUUGCGUGCCUAUAUUCGUAACGCUCGUUUCAAUACUUCUUCCACCCCAAAACCACAUAUCAUUAUCACUCCUUUGGAGGAAUCCCAUGUUUCCACCGCCGUAAUCUGUUCCCAAAAGGUUGGUUUCCAACUCAAAAUCCGUAGCGGUGGCCACGACUUUGAAGGCUUAUCUUAUGUUUUUGACAGGCCCUUUUUCAUUCUUGACAUGUUUAAUCUGCGUUCCAUAUCUGUUGAUAUGGCAGAUGAAUCGGCCUGGGUUGGAACCGGCGCAACACUUGGAGAACUUUACCAUAACAUUUGGGAGAAGAGCACAGUCCAUGGAUUUCCUGCAGGAGUCUGUCCCACUGUCGGCGUUGGUGGGCUCUUUAGCGGUGCCGGUUACGGUACCAUGGUGAGGAAAUAUGGUCUGUCUGUGGAUCAUAUUCUGGAUGCCAAAAUAGUUGACGUUAACGGAAGAAUUCUAGACCGAAAAGGCAUGGGAGAGGAUCUUUUCUGGGCUAUAAGAGGCGGGGGAGCAGCCAGUUUUGGUGUGGUUUUAGCCUACAAGAUUAAGCUUGUUCCGGUGCCUGAGACAGUUACUGUUUUCAGAGUUGAAAGAUUAUUAGCAGAAAAUGCCACUGAUGUGGCUUUGAAGUGGCAAUCUGUUGCUCCAACAACAGAUAAUAAUCUUUUCAUGAGGAUGCUAUUGCAGCCAGUGACGAGAAACAAGCGAAAGACGCUGAGAGUGACGGUUAUUGCUAUGUAUUUGGGGGAAGCCAAAACUCUUGUAGGCCUGUUGGGCAAGGAUUUCCCUGAAUUGCGUCUAAGGAAAGAGAACUGUACGGAAAUGCGUUGGAUUGACUCGGUUCUUUGGUGGGCUAAUUUCGAUUUGGGAACAUCACCUAGAGCCUUACUCGAUAGAGAUCUUAAUGACGCUUAUUUCCUGAAAAGGAAGUCAGAUUAUGUGCAGACUCCAAUUCCUAGAGAUGGGUUGGAAUCGCUGUGGGAAAAGAUGAUUGAAUUGGGAAAAGUGGGGUUGGUUUUCAAUGCAUACGGAGGGAGAAUGAACGAAAUCAAGGCUACGGAGACUCCAUUCCCUCAUCGUGCCGGGAAUUUGUAUAAGAUCCAGUAUUCCGUGAACUGGUACGAACCUGGAAUUGAGGCAGACAUGAAUUACACAACUCAAGCAAGAAUACUUCACGAUUUCAUGACUCCGUUCGUGUCCAAGAAUCCAAGGAGUGCUUAUUUGAAUUAUAGGGACAUUGACAUUGGGGCCACUGAAAAUUGGACAUAUGAAGAGGGCAAAGUUUAUGGGGAGAGUUAUUUUAAUGGAAACUAUGAGAGGCUGGUGGAUGUGAAGACUGCCGUUGAUCCAAAGAAUUUCUUUAGGAAUGAACAGAGCAUCCCUCCUCGCUCAAUUGAUCACUAUUUGGAUGGAGUUGAUGAUGGUGACAGGACUUGGUCUCAAGGGUGGAAGUUAACGAUUGUGUUGGUCAUUGGCUACUUGAUUCUUGCUUAAAGCUGGGUUCUUCGAUUUGUUGGCUUUUGUCUUUGUGUGUUUGCUUUGAAUUCUCGAUUAGUGAAUUAGUGGUAAUGGGUGGUUUAGACUAGUGAUUUUGGGUAUUUGUUGAAACUAUCUAACGAUUUGUGGCUUAUUGAGGACUGGUUUGUUUUUUGAAUUUCUAAGUUGUAAUUAGAAUUGUCAUUGCUUUCAGGUGCUACUUUUGUAUAUGUUUGAGUGGUUGGUGACAGUAGGUAAUAGGUGUAAAAAUUUGGUAAA